GUGGCGGUCGGGCGGCGGCGAAUCGCUAGGAAUGCUAUAAGACGUUCCACCCCAGUUACCUGACAUUCUUUGAAUAUUGCUCGGGUCGGGGAAAUCUGUCAUUACUUCGAAUAUUAGCUUGAUACUUCGCACUCGACAUCCAAAUCAACUCCAAUCCCUUUUCCAGAAUGCGUUUCUCCGUCGUCGUCCUUGGUCUGCUUGCCAGCAGUGCCUACGCCUUCCCUCGUGCUCUUGAAGUCUGCCGUGGAGGAAAUUCCACAUGCGAUACCACUGCGUCUCUUGGACAGCCCACGGCUUGUUGCAUCGGUCUAUCAUGCAAUGAUAGCGGAGUCUGCGUGCACUAGGCACUGACUCGGACGACAUCACUCUCGGGACCUUUUUGCAAGGGUUUGCACAUAUUCUCAUUCUUUCCCACGGUCGGCGGUUUGAUGAUACCUAUAUGUUGGCGGGCUGAAGGCAAAAGCUUGUCCUGUGCGGAACGAUCACCUGUAUUUAACUUGGUUGAAUGGUACAUACACAUCAAGAGAUGCUCGUUUCCUUCAAUUUUUAAGGUUUGAAAG